AGGUUCCAACCAGGAUAGUGGUUGUAGAUAUCAGUGUCAUACUCUGUCAUUGUAGUUAUGUUGCAUUUGAUCUCCAUCCAAAUUACAGGAUAAACCACUAAGGCACAUGAGGAUCAUGGAAGGCUUUCCAGGCUACCACCUACGACUCAACCAGACCUCCAGCCCCACUCUACCCCCACCCCUUCUCAAUGUCACGGGUGGCUUGAUGGUCAACACCACUGUUAAGCCAUUCAGCGUUUUUGAAGGGUGCGAGAGCAUGGUGGAGGGCAUUCUUUUCGACCUGGCCAUCCAGUUGUUCAACGUCAUCCUGGGGCUACCGGCCAACAUUCUGGUGAUAGUCAUCCUGAUCCAAAACCGCCGUGAGCCCUCCACCUCCGACGUCUUCCUUGGCUGCCUGGCCUUCAUGGACGCCUACUUUGGGCUCAUGACACCCAUCAGCUUCGCCAACUUCUACCACUGGCACAGCAAAAAGGUCUGGAUGGCAUUGAAGUUCUCUUAUGGCGUGAAGGACACCACCGGUCCACUCUUCCUCUCCUGUAUCUGUGUGGACCGAUUUGUGGCUGUCCUCUUCCCCAUCGCCUUUAGCCAGCUCAAGCACCCCAAAUACAGAAUAUCCCUCUCCAUAUUCGUUUUUGGGCUCACGUUUGCGUAUGCCUCUGCUAAAAUGGUUGGAGGCUUUCCGAACUUCGAAAAGGUGUUCACCGGCGAGGUACUGGCUACCUUCACCUGGAUGAUGAUUUGCAAUGCCUCGAUCCUGAUGGCACUGAAGCGCUCGAGGGGCGCCGGGAAGGACGAGAUGCACCCCAUGAAAAAGAAAGCUUUCAAAAUGGUGCUCUCCAUCCUGGUCAUCAUUGUCGUCAACUACCUGCCACUGGUGGCGCUCUUCCCAUUCGAAGACUACUACACGCCAGACGACUUCCGCUGCUACGUGCAGCCGGUGGGCUACGCCUUCUUGAACAUUAGCAGCAGCAUCCAGCCGCUGAUCUACCUCUCGCGUCUGGAGAAGGUGCCCUUCCUGCCUGAGGCCUGGGUCAAGAGGUGCUGUGCCCGCAACCAGCCCACCAGCAAUAAAACGCCCAUGACCGCCUCAAGCACUGAAACCAUAACAACCAUAACAUCCACCGCACCUCUUUCACCAGCCUAACUCCAUAGUCAGUGUUGGGGAGUAAUGGAAUACAUGUAAUGGCGUUAAGUGUUUCAGCGUAUACAAAAUAUGAUAAACUAUGAUUCAGUUACAAUCUCAGUAGGUGGUAAUCAGAAUAAAGUUUAAUUGAUCACUCGAGGGGAUUACUACUUUCAAAUCGACAUGUGUAGUCUAUUCGCUCUUAAAUGCAAGCCUUGCUAUAAACCAGCGUUUCUCAAACCGUCGCCAGUCGAAACUGCCACCUGCAGUGUGCUUCUGUCACUGUCGCUCACUAGAGGUCAGCCUACAUUGUGCAAAAAGCUGUGCAUCUCUCAUGUGCAUCCUCUCCCUUUCUCUCUCAGUUUAGAAUUAAACUUAUGUAUAUAUUAUAUUAUAUAUAUUAUAUAUUUAUGGCCAGUCAUGCAGUUUUUUGUUUGUUUGUUUGUUUGCUUUACACAAAUUAUGUGAAGGAUGUUUCAUGGGCACAUUAAUAAUAAUAAUAAUAAUAAUUAACCUCAAAAACUGUUUCAUAAUAACCUGUAAGGCAAUGCUGAUGUAAUCCUAAAUAUUCAGAAUAUGUUUCUCACGGAAUAUGUUACAAAUUAUAUAUUAUCAGGACAUGGAUUAUUUAAUCCAUAGUAGAAUUCUUUUAAAAAGUAACCCCCGA